UUGAAUCAAUUACAGGUCGCUGUAGCUGAGGAGCAUUUGUUCGAGCGGCCGCGGACCCAGACGGAGGGGCGCACAUAUGCUUGCUCUCAACUCGGCUAGAGGAUUACCACUGCAACAAAAAGCCUGGACCCUUAACUGCGCCAAUUGGAGUACUUUUGUAUGGGCUAUUGAAUGCAAUUAGGAGUUUUUUUUAAUCAAAGGGCACAAUCAAAAGGAGUUUCAAAAGCAGGCCACAGCAACGUGACCAUGGGGGGUUUCGAGACCCAUCUCACUCUUUUGGCUGUGUUAAUCAGUGUAUUACCAGCCCGGAGUGAUCCACCGGUCAUAGUUUCAAACGAAGAUGAGUUUGUUGUCGAUCUGCACUCACGGUUCAACAUCAGCUGUAUCGGGAAGAAGGAGGUAGUAUGGGCCGACCCCCUGCCCGAAAACGUUUUCUAUUAUCCUGGGUUCUUCACUGCAACACUUCUGAUUGGUGACGCUGAAGCCUCCCAUACUGGAUACUACACAUGUGUUUACGCAUCCAAAAAUGGCGAAUCUGGAAGGCACGAGGACCCAGAGGAGAACGAAUCUGAAAUAUACAUAUUUGUGCCAGAUCCCGAUGUUCCCUUCGCACCUGAGGAGAACACUGAAGUGGAGACUGACCCAAUUAGCAAUAUCAUUCCUUGUCGCGUCACCGACCCCCAGUCCCAUGUCAUUCUCAAAAGCUUGUCAAGUAAUAUCGAACUGCAGGGCUUCUAUGACAACAAGAAUGGCUUUCUUGGCAACUUUUCUGCUGGAAAUUACGUAUGUGAGACCGUUGUCAACGACGAGACGAAGAGAAGUGCAAUCUACACUGUGAUUGAAAGGAAACGACUUCCUGCAGAGUCUGUGGUGAAGCAGGACUUCCAGGUGACACUGAAAGCCAGCGAGGAGGGGGUGAUGGCAGGGGACGCCUUCAACCUCACUUGCAUCGCUCCGCGGGGGUCUGAGUACCUGCAGCAUUGGAUCCAUCCCCUAAAACAGCAGGCUGCGGAUGCUAUUCCGAUGAAGGAGACUCUUCCUGAUAAGGUGCUGUACAUCCUCAGCAUCCCCUCGGCCUCUGCCCACGACGGCGGCACCUAUGAGUGCUACGUCACCGACCGGCUCAAGGGACAGACCCGGAGCAGCACAGUGGCCGUCUCCGUCUAUGAGGAAAAGCCUUUUGUGUCGCUGGACCACAGUGGCAUUGGUGGCGUGGAGGUUAUCACCCUGCUGGAGGACACUGAGUUCACCAUCUUUAUCGAUGCCUACCCAGAGCCCAAGAUACUGUGGAAGAAAGAUGGCAUCCCUCUGGAAAAGAGCACUUUUCUCUACGCUGUCAACAGCCAUGUCCUCGGAAACCGGUAUCAGAGCGUUUUAAAUCUGAAACACCCAACCGAGAAGGACAGUGGGAAGUACACCUUCAACGCCACCAGUGGUCCACACUACGCGCACUUCUCUUUUGAACUCCGAGUCAAAGCUCCCAGUGCUGUGCUGUUCCCGUCGUCCCAGGCCCCAGUGCUGCUGCCCCAGAGUGAUGAGCUGGUGGUGGCACUUGGCUCCUCGUUCCGGCUCACCUGCCGGGGCAUGGCCGAGCUGGUGUGGAACGCCCCCACCUACCUGCGCGAGGAGACGCUGGACGACAAGGGCGGCCUGUUCAUCAGCACGGUGACGGUGGAGAACGCCGGCGUGACCAACACUGGGGACUACUUCUGCGCCUACAAGGGAGCCAACCAGACGGAGGGCGAGGGCAGCGCCAUUUACAUCUACGUGCCUGAUCCAGAGGUGCCGUUCGUCCCCUCCAUGGACCCGUCUUACAUCCACGUGAUGACGGACCACGAGGAGAUGGAGAUCCCGUGCCGCGUGUCUGACCCCACCGCCAACGUCUCUCUGGUGAACGUGGAGAAGCAGCAGGAGCUGCCCGCCGAGUACGACAGCAAGAGAGGCUUCGGUUUCUUCAAUGCCGGCACUUACGUCUGCAGAGCGCUCGUCAACGGGCAGGAACACCUCAGCGAAGAGUACAUCGUCCACGGAUGGGCAGGAGGCUCUGAUCUAAAUGUAGAGCUUCUUGCUAAGAGAACUGCUCUCUUGGUGGGAGAGACGCUCACAGUCAAUUGUGUAGCCAGAGGCAGUGAGAUGCUGGAGGACCACUGGAAGUACCCUGGCAAACUGUAUGGUCGUGGUGAGAAGACCGUGAGGGAGAACAGACGAGAGAUGACCAUCAACUACACCCUGCGGGUGUCCGAUGUGUCGCUGAAGGACAGUGGCGUCUACGCCUGCUCCAUCACCGACAUCAUGAGCAACGAGAGCCAAACCAAGGAGCUGACCGUCACCGUUUAUGAGAGCCCCUUUGUCUCGCUGGUCCCUGACUUCACUCACACGGAGCAGGCCGAGCUGGACGAGGUGCGGGAGUUCAAGGUCGACAUCGACGCCUUCCCCGUCAACGUUGUCUGGCACAAAGAUGGAGUUCCUCUCGGCGGCAACUCUGCGGAGAUGACCACAAACCUCUAUACGAUCAGCGAGACGAAAUACCAGAGCGCUCUGACCCUGAUCCGUGCGAAGGCUGAGGACAGCGGCAACUACACGGUCAGGGCCGAGACCCGGAACCAGAGCAGCAGCUUCAGCUUCUCCCUGCAGGUCAAAGUCCCUGCAGUCAUCGUGGAGAUGAUGGAUCUCCACCACGGCUCCGCCACGGGUCAGUCAGUCGUGUGCAUCGCUGAGGGGGAGCCCUUGCCAGAAGUGGAGUGGCUCAUCUGUAAGAACAUCAAACACUGUGCCAAUGACUCCACCCAGUGGAGCCCGCUACCUGCCAACUCCACUGAGAUCACCGUGGACACGCACAUCAACCAGGACGUGCAGCUGGAGAGCCAGGUGAUCUUCGGCCAUCUGGAGAACACGCUGGCCGUCCGGUGCCUGGCCAAGAACGGCAUGGCCACCGUGGCCCGAGAGGUCAAGCUGGUGACCAGCGGUCCUCACUCGGAGCUGACUGUGGCAGCUGCUGUGCUGGUGUUGCUGGUCAUUGUCAUCAUCUCACUCAUUGUGCUGGUCAUUAUCUGGAAACAGAAGCCACGCUAUGAGAUCCGGUGGCGGGUGAUUGAGUCGGUCAGUCCGGACGGUCACGAGUACAUCUACGUGGACCCCAUGCAGCUUCCCUAUGACUCCCGCUGGGAGUUCCCUCGCGAUGGCUUGGUUCUGGGUCGUAUUCUGGGCUCGGGGGCCUUUGGGAAGGUGGUCGAGGGCACGGCCUACGGGCUCAGUCGCUCCCAGCCUGUCAUGAAGGUGGCUGUAAAGAUGCUGAAACCGACGGCUCGUUCCAGUGAGAAACAGGCGCUCAUGUCUGAGCUGAAGAUCAUGACCCACCUGGGCCCGCACCUCAACAUUGUCAACCUGCUCGGAGCCUGCACCAAGUCAGGGCCCAUCUACAUCAUCACUGAGUACUGUUUCUAUGGCGACCUGGUCAACUACCUGCACAAGAACCGCGACAGCUUCCUGAGUCACCACCCAGAGAAGGGCAAGAAAGAGCUGGACAUCUUCGGCAUCAACCCCGCCGACGAGACCAGCAGAAGCUAUGUGAUCCUGUCGUUCGAGGGUAAAGGGGACUACAUGGACAUGAAGCAGGCGGACACCACCCAGUACGUGCCCAUGUUGGAGAUGAACCAGGCCUCCAAGUACUCACACCUGCAGGGCUCCGACUACGACCACCCGCCCUCUCAAAAAAAUGAAGGUGAGGGAGAGAGUCUGCUCUCCGAUGACAGCAACGAGGGCCUCACCACCAUGGACCUCCUCAGCUUCACCUACCAGGUGGCCCGGGGCAUGGAGUUCCUGGCCUCCAAGAAUUGUGUGCAUCGGGACCUGGCCGCCAGAAAUGUCUUGCUCUCCCAAGGAAAGAUAGUCAAGAUCUGUGACUUUGGCCUGGCCAGAGACAUCAUGCAUGACAACAACUAUGUCUCCAAAGGAAGCACAUUCCUGCCUGUCAAGUGGAUGGCUCCAGAGAGCAUCUUUGACAACCUGUACACAACCCUCAGUGACGUCUGGUCCUACGGCAUCCUGCUGUGGGAGAUCUUCUCUCUCGGAGGAACUCCUUACCCAGGCAUGGUGGUCGACUCAAGCUUCUACAACAAAAUCAAGAGUGGCUACAGAAUGGCCAAGCCUGAGCAUGCAACUGAAGUCGUCUAUGAGAUGAUGUCGAAGUGCUGGAACAGCGAGCCAGAGAAGAGGCCUUCCUUCCUGAGCCUGAGUGAGACUGUGGCAUCGCUACUGCCUGCAGGAUACAAGAGGAGCUACGAGCGAAUGAACCAUGACUUCCUGAAAAGCGAUCACCCGGCUGUGACCCGUGUGCAGCGCAUGGGCGGCAGCAUCAUUGGCAUCGACGACGAUGACAACUACAUCGGAGUCACCUACAAGAACCAGGGCAAGCUGAAGGACCGCGAGAGUGGCUUCGACGAGCAGCGCCUCAGCUCGGACAGCGGCUACAUCAUUCCUCUGCCCGACCUGGACCCGAUGUCCGAUGAGGAGUACGGCAAGAGGAACCGCCACAGCUCACAGACGUCUGAGGAGAGUGCCAUCGAGACCGGCUCCAGCAGCUCCACCCUGGCCAAGCGGAUGGAGGGCGAGACUCUGGAGGACAUCACCCUGCUGGACGAGAUGUGCCUAGACUCCAGCGACCUGGUGGAGGACAGCUUCCUGUGAUCCCCAGCCCACCCAGGACAGUCCUCCAGAGUGGACACUGUGGUUACGAUGCCACACUGUGGAGGGUGAGGUGGGGUGUGAGGGCGUAGGAGUAGAGACUACAAGCUAAGCUACUACCAGCCCAUCUGCUCCCCAUCCAAAGAACACUCUGAAGACACCCCCCCCCCCCCCCAACUCCUUCCUCUUCAUCUCACUCCCCCUCCUAUUUUCCACCCUUGAAAUCCCUCCUCGGAUCAAAAACAAACCACUUUGCUUCCUCUGUGGUGGAGAGCCAUCAGUGACACCCCGUGCGUGUGGAUUCCUUUCACUCGAACAUUGCCCCGAGGACUGGAGGACUGACUGAGAAUGGAGACUAACAUUCGAGAAGUUUUCAGCGGCAAAAGUGUUAACAAUGUCAUAUCUCCCAUUCUCUUGAAUCACACACUCGAGAUUAUACAAUAGCCUAUGGACAUACGAUACGUGUGUGUGUGUGUAUAUGUGCGUGUUUUUAAUGUAUAGAAUUUCAGUGGGCAUUCCUGACGCAGCGAGAUAAGCAAGGACGCAUCGAAGACCUGAACAAAAGCAGCAAAACGGACUUAAACCAACAUCAGGACCUCUUUCUUUUGUAGUCCAUCAAGACUGUCAAAAACCACUACAGACAUUUAUUUAAACAAGAAAAAAAGCAUCAGAUGGUCUCUCCAAAUCCAUCAUCACACAGUCCGGACCUUUGUAGUAUUCAGCAUGGACUGCAUGUCAAUUCCCUCUCAGCCACACACACAAUGUCCCUCUGGCACCAGUUGACUUCCAAUAAGGACCAAUAACUUACUUUGAAAUGAAAAGCACAAUCGCUGAACUAUAAAUCUAUGUUUUUAUAAGCAAUCGUAGUGGUCAACUAUUGAAUACAUGCCGUUUGAAUUUAUUUUUUUACUUUCUAGCACAUAUAAAUAUGUAUUAUUUGUGAAUAUUAGAUUAGUGUCUCUCUCUCUCUGUGUGUGUGUGUGUGUGUGUAAGAGAGUGAGUGAGUGUGUGUAUGUGAGUGAGUGUGAGUGUGUGUGUGUGUGUAAAGAGGUUUUUUUUGUAAAUGAAGAAUAUGACUUAGGUUUAUAAGUUGCAUGCACCUCUGUGACUUAGACCUUUUGUAAAAUACACCAUAAUACCGUUUUAAAAUCACCCAAGUGGAACCCAAGUAGCACAGCAAAAGGCAUGCUUAUUUUCACAGUAGACCAAAGCUAGAGCAGAAUAACUAGCAUCACAUAUCAAUUUCAUUGUCUCCAGCAUCAUUAGGUCCUUAGUUUUGUCAUCAUACUGCUAAACUAUUUCAUUUGUAUUUGGUCUAUAUUUUCUUAUUUUAGUCAUCAUUAUACUUACAAGUGUCCUACUAUUUCCUACAACCAAAAGCAAUACUUAUAUUAGCUUUAUGUUAACCUGUGAUAUACAGAAACAUUUUGAGAAAUGGCUGCCAUCAGCCAGUGUUAUAAACCAAACGAGUCAAGGUACAUACCAACCUAUUAUUGUGAAUAAGCUGGAUUAUGUUCUGAUGCUGUAUGUAAAAAUUGAGUGCUUCCACCUUCAACCAUUAUUCUGAGGAGCGAGAAUGAUGAUGAUAAUAAUAUGCUUUAUAGUUAUACGGUUGAGAGUUUAUAGUGUGUGUUGCUAGAUUUGGAGUGGUGGCUUUGCUGGAGAUCGAACGUGCUGGAACUAAGAACUGACCGACGGAAUAUCACCUGGAGGGAUCACUUUGGCUCCUGCCAUAUUACGCUGAGACGGUUGAUCAAAGAUCAAGUUGUCACUUUUUUAUUGGACUUGUGAGCAUUGUGACAGCAAAAACCCAGGAUAGACACUUCUUCAAAAUGUGUGAGGUGACGGCGGAAAUAGCCUCAUAGAAGACGUUCUGUGUAGAUGGGUUUUAGCAGCUCUGUGAUCGGACCUUUUCCAGCAUGUUAAAACACAGACCAAAGCAGUUAGGCAGGGGGGGACAGUAUGCCAGAUCAACUCACGCCUCCACAGGCUGCUUCUAUAUAUGAUUGGGUCUCUACACGCCAGCCAUGGUGUAGCAGAUGUUGAGCAGAAGUCAGUGUGUUUUUCUUGUUGUUAUUGUGACAUUGUCUGUCUAAUCUUGCUUUCUUAUGUAAAAUUUGAAACUUUUCGUUUGGACAAGAAGCUUGUGUACAAGCCCAGUGAAAUUCACUUUCCACAAGCGUCCAUAGUAUACCUUAGAGAAUAAUCACACCUUUGUUAUUUCAUACAGUAUUUUAGCAAAUUAUUGAACAUGGCGUAAGCGUUCAUGUGACAUUGUCGUCAAAUGGUUUAAAACUGAUUUCACUAUACCCAGCCCGCUAGCAUUCGGAGCUGAUACCCCUUCAAGUGUGUUGUAAAUGGAAUGAAAUGCUUUCUGUGUGUUUUGCUUUUGUGAAUAUCCCCGUUUGAAAUUCCCAGCUACGUCACUGCCCGGUGCCCUCUGACCCUACUGCUGACUGUGAUAUACCUCACAGGCAUAUUGUAUACUGUUGCACUUUUCCCCCCUCUAGUUUUCGCCCUUUGGGUUAGUUUUUGUUUGAACUGAGGAGUUGCUGUUGCUGUGAGCAUUUUUGUGUCUGUUUCUGUGGCGACAUGAAUGUUGAAGUUGGGGAGAAAGGUUGAAGGGAAGAUAAAGGUAUGAAGUGUAUUCCAAGGUACAGUAUGAUAGUUACUCCCAAUACCAGAAGUUAUCCUCCUGAUUUGUAAUAUGCGUUAUGAUUAUGUACAUUCAGAUGAUCUAUAUUUCAAUAAAUGAUUUAAACAAUGUA